AUGGCCGCGCAUCACAACUUCGAGGCUAUGGCCGCGAAGCUUGACGACCAGAGUCCGGAUUCAAGAGUCAAAUUGGCCCAGGCAGUAGAUAUACGGGACAAUAUUGAGACAUACUGCCAGGGCCAGCAGUACGGCGCAUUCUUGAACCACCUCGUGCCCUUAUUCUUAAAGGUGCUCGAUGGAGAUCCAGUUUUCAUAUCCACGUCUCCGGAACAGCGCCUCCGCAACUGCGUGCUCGAGAUUCUGCACCGAUUACCCAUGAGCCCACCAGACGCGGUCGAACCACACGCUGCGAAGAUCGUGGACAAGCUGGUGGCCUUAGUAAAGACUGAGAACGAGGACAACGCGGUGCUCUGCAUGAAGAUCGUCAUGGACUUCCAGCGACAUCAAACCAAGGCGCUGCAGGACAGGGUGCAACCGUUCUUGGAUCUUAUCCAGGAGAUGUUCCAGACCAUGGAGCAGGCGGUAACGGAAACUUUCGAUAACGCGACACCCGCCCCGUCAGGACAGGGCGUGCCGUCAACGCCGAGCAACCAUCAGUACUCGCAGUCUCCGCGACCAGGCUCACCCGCGACAUCCCUGACUGCGGGGCCCGCCGGUGAUAUCAAUACCGAGCAGACGCGCAUGUUGCUGAAGGGCAUGCAGUCUUUCAAGGUGCUUGCAGAAUGCCCCAUAAUAGUGGUAUCGUUGUUUCAGGCAUACCGUAAUGUGGUAAAUCGGAACGUAAAACUGUUUGUUCCGCUGAUCAAGAAUGUGCUCAUGCUUCAGGCGAAGCCGCAACAAAAAGCGCAUGAAGAGGCAGAGGCCCAGGGCAAAAUCUUUACUGGGGUGAGCAAAGAGAUCCGCAACAGGGCGGCCUUCGGCGACUUCAUCACUGCUCAAGUUAAGACCAUGAGCUUCCUGGCAUAUCUGCUACGAGUGUAUGCGCAGCAACUUAACGAUUUCCUGCCGACGCUUCCCGAUAUCGUCGUACGGUUAUUAAAGGAUUGUCCCCGGGAGAAAUCCAGCUCAAGAAAAGAGCUUCUGGUGGCCAUUAGGCAUAUCAUCAAUUUCAACUUUCGGAAGAUAUUCUUGAAGAAGAUUGAUGAGCUGUUGGACGAGCGGACACUGAUAGGCGACGGACUCACUGUCUACGAGACGAUGCGACCACUCGCCUACAGCAUGCUUGCUGAUUUGAUCCACCAUCUCCGCGAUUCGCUCAACAAGGAGCAGAUUCGACGCACCAUCGAGGUGUAUACGAAGAACCUCCACGACACAUUCCCUGGAACGAGUUUUCAGACUAUGAGUGCGAAGCUGCUAUUGAACAUGGCUGAGUGCAUCGCGAAGCUGGAACCAAAGGAGGACGCUCGAUAUUUUUUGAUCAUGAUACUGAACGCCAUAGGUGACAAGUUUGCCGCCAUGAACCGCCAGUACCACAACGCAGUCAAGGUUUCCGCAGCCUACAGCACUCCCUCCAUCGAUGCGGCAGAGGAGAACCACCUGGCCGUGCGGGAUCAGCCUCCGGACUGGGACGAGAUCGACAUCUUCAAUGCAACGCCUAUCAAAACGUCGAACCCGCGUGAACGGAGCUCAGAUCCCAUUGCCGACAACAAGUUCUUGUUCAAGAAUCUCCUGCAUGGCUUGAAGAAUCUAUUCUACCAACUACGAGCAUGCAACCCGCAGAAGAUCAAAGAUGAGAUUGACGCUGCGAACGCGUCGGCGAACUGGCACGAAGUCUCCUACGGCUACAACGCAGAAGAGGUGGAGGUGCUGAUCAAGCUCUUCAGGGAAGGCGCGAAAGUUUUCCGAUACUACGGUACCGACAAACCGGCAGAGACCAAGGGUCUUUCUCCAGGGGAUCUGAUGGCGAACCAGCACAUGAUGUCAAGCGGGAAGGAAGAGAAGGAACUGUUGGAAACUUUCGCAACUGUCUUCCAUCACAUCGAUCCGGCCACCUUCCACGAAGUAUUCUCGUCGGAGAUUCCUCAUCUGUACGAUAUGAUGUUCGAACAUCCUGCGCUGCUCCACGUACCACAAUUCCUGCUCGCCUCGGAAGCCACCUCCCCGAGCUUUGCUGGCAUGCUGCUACAGUUCCUGAUGGACCGGAUCGAAGAAGUUGGGACGUCAGACGUGACGAAAUCGUCUAUCCUGCUACGACUUUUCAAGCUAUCGUUCAUGGCAGUCACCCUCUUCUCUGCACAGAACGAGCAAGUGCUCUUACCGCACGUGAGCAAGAUCAUUACGAAGUCCAUACAACUGUCAACCACCGCAGAAGAACCAAUGAAUUACUUCUUUCUUCUCAGGUCGCUAUUCAGGAGCAUAGGAGGCGGCAGAUUUGAGCAUCUGUACAAAGAGAUACUUCCUCUCCUUGAGAUGUUAUUGGACGUUCUGAACAAUCUCCUUCUCACGGCGCGGAAACCAGCAGACAGAGACCUCUUCGUCGAGCUCUCAUUGACGGUACCAGCUAGGCUAAGUAACCUUCUACCGCAUCUCAGCUACCUCAUGAGACCUCUGGUGGUAGCUUUGCGCGCAGGCUCAGAGCUCGUUGGCCAGGGGUUAAGGACACUGGAGUUGUGCGUUGAUAACCUCACGGCAGACUAUCUUGACCCGAUCAUGGCACCUGUCAUUGAUGACCUCAUGGCAGCACUUUGGGAGCACCUAAAACCUCAACCUUACAGCCACUUCCACGCACAUACGACGAUGAGGAUUCUCGGCAAGCUAGGCGGCCGCAAUCGCAAGUUCAUCACCGGCCCACCACAGCUGAACUACAAGCCAUACUCUGAUGAUGCAGCAUCCCUCGAUAUCCGGCUUAUUGGUUCCACCAAGGAUCGCGCGUUCCCAGCAGUGAUCGGCAUUGAUACGGCCAUAGCAAAGCUCCACGAAGUACCAAAGCUUCCUGCAGCAAAGAGAUCGGAUCCAUUCCACAAACAGCAAGCUUUUAGGCUCAUAACUUCCCACACUAAGCUCCUCGUGGGAUUUGACAGCUUGCCCGAUGACUUUGCGCAACUAAUUCGGUUGCAAGCCAACGAUCUAGUCAGCAAGAAGACGGACGCCGGUGCGGAUAUAAUGACUCUUUCCGAGCGUAGCAAAUCCAUCGUCAAGAAGGGCGUUGAACAGGAGACCUUGAGGAAGCUUCUGAAAGCCUGCAUGUUCGCUAUUUCCAUAGCGGACCUGAAAGAUGAUGCUGAUACCUUGGUGACAAACCUUGCGAAGCACUUCACUCUUUUGGAGCUAGGGAUGCAUUUUGCGCAUGAGAAGCAUAAGGGGAGACCAUUCGAUGUUCACUCAGGAGAGGGUCCGGUCGUGAUAGACGCUGAUGUCUUCUCUGAUGCUCUCGGUGACUCGCUUGCAUCCGAGCAUCAAACGGCUCGCGAUGCUGCUGAGCAAGCCAUCAUCACCAUGCGCGAUACCGCAAAAAUCAUCUUCGGAGGCCAAGAAAAUUUGGACAGUUUCACUUUCUUCGAUGAACUCUCCAAAACGUUUAUCCAUAACUGCUACGCCGAUGACUGGUUUAUGAAGUCUGGAGGCACUCGGGGUAUCGAAAUCAUCAUCAAGAAGCUUGGAUUGGGCGACGCCUGGAUGCAGAAUCGACAUCUUGAACUGAUCCGGGCACUGACAUUCGUCAUGAAGGAUAUGCCGACCGACCUCGACUCUAAGACGCGCAUCCAGGCCCAAGGCCUUAUAGAGGACCUAAUCCGGCGAUGCUACAAGCCUGCCACGGAGGAAGAAUGCAAGAAAGUGGGAGGCCCCCUCCAUAGGAUCUGUGGCCAAUUAGUCGCCGACCUGUCACAUAUGAACAAGAAUGUGCGAGAAGCUACCCAGAAAGCGUUCCAGGUCCUUUCUGAUGUGACGGGUCGUGCUGUGCACGAGCUCAUCAAGCCAGUCAAAGAACGGUUGAUUGUGCCCAUCUGGACGAAACCCCUUCGCGCCCUUCCAUUCGGCAUACAGAUCGCGUACAUCGACGCAAUCACCUUCUUAUUGAAACUGAAGAAUAACAUUCUUGAGUUCAAUGAGCAGCUUACCAGGCUACUAAUGGAGUCGCUAGCCCUAGCUGAUGCAGAGGAUGAAGGACUCGCGACUAAACCUUUCGAGCAACGAAACGCCGAGCACAUUGUCAACCUACGAGUCGCCUGCAUUCGCCUGCUCUCGACCGCUCAAACAUUCCCAGAGUUCAGCACCACACCUCCGAAUCAGACGGUUAUCCGUAUCAUCGGUGUAUUCUUCAAAUGCCUCUACUCGAAGUCUCCCGAGGUCAUCGAAGCUGCUAACGUUGGCCUUUCUGGUGUGAUCUCAGCAACGAACAAGCUUCCAAAAGACGUGCUGCAAAGUGGUCUUAGACCGAUCUUGGUCAAUCUCCAGGACCCUAGGAAGCUCUCCGUGGAGAAUCUGGAUGGAUUGGCUCGCCUUCUGAAGCUUCUUACGAAUUAUUUCAAGGUCGAGAUCGGGACCCGACUUCUGGAUCAUCUCAAGAACAUCGCAGAUCCCGUCAGCCUGCAGAAAAUCUCGUUCACUAUGAUUGAACAGAAUCCUAAGAUGAAGAUCGUAACGGCGAUAUUUAAUGUGUUUCACUUGUUGCCUCCCGCAGCGAUCAGUUUCCUCAAACAGCUUAUCGAGAAAGUCAUUGAACUCGAAACCGCCCUUCGCCGGACACACUACAGCCCCUUCCGAGAGCCGCUCAUCAAGUACCUUUGUAUGUAUCCGAAGGAAGCUUGGGAUCACUUCUCUCCCAACAUGAAGGACGAGACGCAAGGCAGGUUCUUUGCACAACUGCUUGAGCACCCGGAGAGUGGCGCCUUGCGUGAAGAGUUGAUGAAAGACAUCCCAAAGUUCAUUGCUUCCUUUGAAUUUGAUGGUUCAGAGAAGGAGAAGUGCCAAGCGCAACUCAACGCUAUACACGUUGCCUACGCCAUGAGCCAAUUCGAGGGGACGCGCGAAUGGCUUGCUGGCAAAGAAGACUUGAGGAAGGCUCUCUUUGAAGCUGCGCGCUCAUUGGAGAAGACACUGCGACAGAACAGUAUCGAACCUGGCCUGCGUUUAGCUACCGAACAGGCAGGCGAGCAGAUCAUGACCGUCUUCACGACCUACUUGCGUUACGACCCUGACAACCUCGAUUUCUUCUUCGAGUUCAUCGACGCGGUGACCUCCGAUGAUUUCAAGGCACACCCAAUACUGUUCGAUUUCAUCUAUGAACAGAUGGUGUCGAAUGAGUCGGUCGAUUACUGGAAGGCUUUAGUCCACAAGUGUAUCAAUCUUUAUACCGGACGCACUUCAUCGCAGAAGACGAAGACCUUCAUUUUCCGGUACAUCGUCAACCCUAUUUUUGCGAUGGACGCCAAACGCAACUGGGAGACCUUGUUCGGCAGCGAAGCCAACAAGGGUACGAAGCUGGUAGACCGCAGCAUGACCGACACAAUACAUAACCGGCUAUGGAAACCGCAGGCAUUGAUCGAUACAUCGGAAGAGAGCGCCCAGCUUGGUGUCGAUCACUCGCGUAUGGAACUACUUCAACUUACUACGUUACUGUUAAAGCAUUAUUCAGGCGUAAUCCAAGAAACUCGAAAAGACAUUAUCCGAUUCGCAUGGGCGUAUAUACGACUGGAAGAUGUCAUCAACAAAUACGCCGCUUACGUGGUCAUUGCCUUCUUCAUUGCGGUAUACGACACGCCCGUGAAGAUCGCUAGUCAGGUCUACCAGACACUGCUCAAAGCCCACCAGAACGAGGGUAAAGCCCUUGUCAUGCAGUCGCUUGAGCUGAUGGCACCGGUUUUGAAGAAGCGCCUCGGCGGCGCAGACCAGAAGAUGGCGAUCCCGCGAUGGGCACAAAUUCCCCGGAAGAUACUUUCAGAGGAGAGCUCGAACUUGCAGCAGUUAAUGAGCAUCUUCAACUUCCUCGUCCGACAUCCAGACCUUUUCUAUGAGGCUCGAGAGCCACUGUCGGCAAUCAUUAUCGCAGCGCUACCGAAGAUCGCUCAACCGCCAAACCCGUCCACAGAGGCAAAGAAGCUCGCUUUAAAUCUGAUCGGGCUGAUUAGGACCUGGGAAGAGCGAGCUGCGGGUGAGACGGCCUCCGGCACUGACCGCUCUUCGCAAUCACCACAAGCAUCCAAGAGGCGCGCAGACGGCUCUGUCGUACCUCUCACUGCUACCAAGGGUUUCGUGGCUGCGCUCGGCAUUCGCAUGUUACUCGUGAAGUACCUGAUCUCGUUCAUUGCCUACCUUCCGGAGCGCUACCCUGUGGCCACACCCAAGCCCAAGGAUGCCUCAGCUACCACUCCGAACAGCCCCCCGCCUGCCGAAAUUUGUCGGAAAGCUGUGCAACUUCUGCACGACCUCUUGUCCCCGCGUCUCUGGAACGACCUGGAUUUGGACCUCAUCCUCAGCAAGAAGCUUGAAGAGAUUUUGGUAUUGGAGAUGAAGCAGGAUGAUAAGCAAGAGGCAUUUACGACCCGAAUGAUCAACUCUCUACAGAUCGUCAAGGUCAUUGUCAACGUAAAGCCUGAUGAUUGGGUGCUUCAACGCGUUCCGCAGUUUCAGCGGAUGCUGGAGAAGCCGCUUCGCUCUGAGCACGCCGAUGUGCAGGCGAGCCUACAGGCCGUAGAUGAAGGAGAGGAUGUUGCAUCAAAAUUGCAACCCACCCUGAAGCGCAUCCUCGACGUUAUGCCAGAACCAGUGAAGGACGAAGAGGGCAACGCUGAAGAGACACCAUCGACUGAGUUUGUGAACCUACUGGGGACUAUCGCCACGGAGGCUCUCUCUAACGGCUCAAACAUUUGCGCUAUCAACAUCUUGUGGACGCUCUGCCAUAAGCAACCGGAGGAGAUCGAUCAGCACAUCCCACAGCUUAUGAAAGCUUUCCAGGGAAAGAUGGCGAAGGAUCAUCUCACCGCCCAUAGUGGCCAACAAGGCCAACCUGCCGUCCCGCCUGGUGUCCGCCCUGACAGCGCUACCCCGCCAACCGAUCCCCGCGAGGCUGAGAUCCAGACCGAUUUGGUGCUCAAAGUUGUGGAUAUCCUCGCCGCCCGGAUGAACGAGCUCGGUGAAAAUCGUAGGCCGUAUCUUAGUGUGCUUGCGUCCUUGGUUGAACGAUCCCAGAGCGCUGCUGUAUGCACGAAGGUUCUUGACCUUGUUGAGGAGUGGAUAUUCGUUUCUAAUGAGCCUGUGCCGACGCUUAAGGAGAAGACCGCAGUCCUCAGCAAGAUGCUACUUUUCGAACACCGACCGGAUACGUCGCUGCUCAAUCGGUUCCUUGAUCUCGUGAUCCGAAUCUACGAAGACCCCAAGAUUACACGCUCAGAACUUACGGUACGAAUGGAGCAUGCCUUCCUCAUCGGCACCAGAGCCCAGGACGUCGAAAUGCGCAACCGUUACAUGACGAUCUUCGACAAGAGCUUGAGCCGUACUGCAGCAAGCAGACUCAGCUACGUACUUGCCUCACAGAACUGGGAUACCCUCGCCGAUAGCUAUUGGCUCAGCCAGGUCAUCCACCUCAUGUUCGGCUCGGUUGAAAUGAACACAUCCGCACAGCUUCAUCCCGAGGACUUCCGACUACCGCAAAAUUCUUCCAUCUUCGGCACCUACAGUAGGGACUCGCGCAUCGCGGAUGUUAUGGUCGACGACGAGCUCGAGAAUCUUGUCAGUGGCCAUCGUCGCUUUUGCAACCAGCUCGGCGAUGUCAAGAUCAAGGACCUCUUCGAGCCCCUCGGGCACCUGCAGCACACCGACAGCAACCUCGCACACGAUAUCUGGGUUGCAUUCUUCCCGCUUGCUUGGACUGCUCUCACAAAGGACGAUCAGAGCGACCUGGAGAAGGGCAUCGCUGCACUCCUGACAAAAGACUAUCACUCCCGCCAGCUCGAUAAGCGCCCGAAUUGUGUCGCAAGUAUGCUCGAUGCCAUCGUGCAUGCAAGGCCACGGGUCAAGUUCCCGCCACACAUCAUGAAGUAUCUCGCGCGUUCGUACAACGCUUGGUAUACCGGUGCUGUCUAUAUGGAAGAGUCGGCAGUCGACCCCAUCGUCGAUACCGAAAAACUUAGGGAGAGUAAUCUUGAUGCACUGCUGGAGAUCUAUACCGGCAUGCAAGAAGACGACUUAUUCUACGGUACGUGGCGUAGACGAUGCCAGUUCAUCGAGACCAAUGCCGCCUUGUCGUACGAGCAAAUCGGCAUCUGGGAUAAGGCCCAGCAAAUGUACGAAGCUGCUCAGAUCAAGGCUCGGACCAGUGUGCUACCGUUCUCCACAGGUGAGUAUAUGCUCUGGGAGGAUCAUUGGGUCCUCUGUGCCCAGAAACUGCAGCAAUGGGAGGUCUUGAGCGAUUUCGCCAAGCACGAGAACUUCAACGACCUGUAUCUGGAAGCGACCUGGAGGCAAUUUGAAGUGUGGCAGAACUCUGAACAGCGAGAACAACUGGAUGCGACGAUCAAAGCUGUCAGCGACGCGCCAACGCCACGACGAGUGUUCUUCCAGACAUUCAUAUCGCUGCUCAAGCUGCACGCGAAGCAGGAAACCCAACCGGAGUUCCACAGGUUAUGCGAUGAGUCAAUCCAGCUAUCUAUAAGAAAGUGGCACCAGUUGCCUCGUCGCAUUACUCAGGCCCACAUUCCGCUGCUACAGCAUUUCCAGCAACUGGUCGAGUUACACGAUGCAAGCGUCAUCUGCCAGAGCCUCGCGCAGACAACCCAGGCCAACCUGGACCACAAGUCGCAAGAGCUCAAAUUGUUGCUGUCUACUUGGCGUGACCGUCUGCCAAACUUCUGGGACGACAUCAACGCAUGGCAGGAUCUGGUUACGUGGCGUCAACACAUCUUCCACCUCAUCAACGGGGUUUACUUGCAGCUACUUCCACCAAAUCCUAGCAACCCCAGCGGUAACUCGUUCGCGUACCGCGGUUACCACGAGACUGCAUGGAUCAUCAACCGCUUCGCCCACGUUGCCCGGAAGCACAACCUUCCAGACGUGUGCAUCCAGCAGCUCAGCCGGAUAUACACUCUGCCUAACAUUGAGAUCCAGGAAGCAUUCCUGAAACUGCGCGAGCAAGCGAAGUGUCAUUACCAGAACAAGUCUGAGUUGAACAAUGGUCUAGAUGUAAUCAACAAUACUAAUCUUAACUACUUCGGCAACCAGCAAAAGGCGGAGUUCUACACUCUCAAGGGGAUGUUCCUCGCGAAGCUUGGUCAGAAGAAUGACGCUAACGACGCAUUCGGCACUGCCAUGAUCUUCGAUCUUAAGCUGCCAAAGGCAUGGGCUGAAUGGGGCCGAUACAAUGACAUGCUGUUCAAGGAGGAUCCUUCCACCCUUGACAAGGCCGAGGCUGCUCUUAGUUGCUACCUCGAAGCAGCUAGUCUGUACAAGAAUGCCAAGUCAAGAAAGCUCCUGGGCCGUGUGCUUUGGUUGCUCAGCCUGGAUAACCCUGAGCGGCGUCUCGCUGAGAAAUUUGAAGAGUUCCAAGGCGACACACCAGCAUGGUACUGGAUUACAUACAUUCCACAGCUGCUCAACAGUCUGUCGAGGCCAGAAGCUCCUAUUGCGCGAUCCAUCCUUGGAAAACUGGCCAAGACGUACCCGCAGGCGUUGUACUGCCACCUUAGGACUACGAGGGAGGAUAUGGUCACGCUUAAGAAGUCCCAUGAGCAGAAGGAGGCGAAGGAUAAGGCAACCAAGGCCAAGCAGCAACAGAAUCAAGGAGCACAGGGUGCCCAAGGAUCACCAGCUCAGAAGCAGAGCUCACCCGACAAUCGACCUGGGUCAAGUGCAAGUGGAAACCGACCAAUUUCCGCGAACGGUGAAUCGAAGCCUGUUACCAAUGGCACACCCAACGGAACUGUCAAGACCGAAGGGACUACGCAAGAUGCACUGACCGGAACUGCCACCGAUGAGAAACCUCCAGCCCCCAAGCGACCCUGGGACCACGUGGAAGAGAUCUCGGCAAUCCUCAAGACCGCGUUCCCGCUGUUGGCCCUCUCUAUGGAGACGAUGCUCGAUCAGAUUCAGAAGAACUUUAAGUGUCCUCCGGACGAAGACGCUUAUCGACUGAUCGUCGCUUUGUUGAACGAUGGGCUCGCCUAUGUCGGGCGCUCGCCUGGCCUUUACGGGCAGGAGGUUAGACUCCCGUCGUCCACUGAGGCUAACAUCACACGCUUCGCCGAAUCUGUGCUGCCGCCUCACAUCCGCAAAGCUUUCGAGCUAGACUUCGUCACCAAUAAGCCCACCAUGUACGAGUACAUACAGAAGCUUCGCAUGUGGAGGAACCGGUUUGAAGAGCGCCUCGAUCGCAGGAAGCUUGUUAUCCCUCUCGAAUCGUACACUCAGCAGCUCAGCGAGUUCCGCUUCCUCAAGUUUGAUGAUGUGGAAGUACCUGGUCAAUACUUGCAGCAUCGCGACAAGAACUCUGAUUUUGUUCGCAUUGAACGUUUCCUACCGGAAGUGGACGUUGUGCGUGGCAUUGGUAUCUGCCAUCGCCGCCUUAAGAUCCGUGGUCAUGAUGGGAGCAUCCAUCCGUUCGCCAUCCAGUUCCCUGCGCAGCGAAGCUCCAGGAGAGAAGAGCGUAUUCUGCAGCUGUUCAGAAUCUUCAAUGGCAUUCUUUCGAAGCGCAAAGAGAGUCGAAGACGAAAUCUGCAAUUCCAUCUCCCGCUCAUGGUGCCUAUCACGCCCGUCGUGCGCAUGGUACAGGACGAUGCUUCCUACAUCAGCAUGCAAGGCAUUUUCGAAGACCACUGCCGGCGAACCAGCCUCAACAAGGACGAGCCUGUUUUGUUCAGUCUGGAGAAGCUCAAGGCUCUCAAUCCCGUAAGAACCCUGGACUUUCGCCUUCACAAAGAUCAAGCUAAUGUUGUAACACAGAAAAACAUCGAGCACGCUAAUAACAUCCGGUUCGAGACCUUUGACGCUGUGCAAAAGAAAUACGUGCCGCAGACCCUCCUGCUCGACUACUUCCGCAGCACGUACCCGGUCUUCGAGGACUUCUGGCUCUUCCGCCGCACAUUCAGCUACCAGCUUGCUGCACUCACCUUCAUGACGUACGUCAUGCACAUGAACUCGCGCUUCCCACACAAGAUCAGCAUCUCGCGCGGCAGCGGUCGCGUCUGGGGCUCUGAGCUCAUUCCCUCGAUGGCGAUAGGAAAGCCCGUUCUGCAUAACAGCGAGCCGGUGCCCUUCCGCCUCACCCCCAACAUGCAAACUCUGAUGGGCCCCCUCGCCCUCGAAGGCAUCUUCGCGCCAUCCGUCAUGAGCAUUGCGCGGUGCCUUAUCGAACCCGAGGGCGAACUGGAAAUGCAGCUGGCCAUCUUCAUGCGCGACGAGAUGAACCACUGGUUCACAAGCCAGCACAAGGGGCUGACGGCGGAGAAUCUGAGAGAGACGGUGCAGACGAAUAGUGAGUUGGUUGUGAAGCGGGCGACGAGCAUGGGCAGCUUGCCUCAAACGAGCAAUUUACCGGCGAACCAGACGAUGGUGGAUUUGGUCAGUAAUGCGGUUAAUCCGCUGAAACUGUGCCAGACUGACGCGCUGUGGAUGGCGUAUCUAACGUCGAAGAAGUACCAACCAGUCGGUACCACUGGUUACGCCAGGCAGCCGUCCCAACGCCCACACACCCCAAACUCCCAAUAUUCCCAAAACGUCGGCAAGCAGAAGCACAAAAUCGCAAAAUAG